UUGGUUGGUUGAUUUGUUAGUUGAAAGCUUGGCGUGUUUGUGUUGUUGUUGAGUAUAAAUAGAGUUGCAAUUUGUUGGGAAAAGCAUUCUCAUUUGAUCGCUGUCUGGUCUCACUUGAAGGCAUCACCUCCCUAAAUUUACCAUGAAGUUCUUCAUCCUCAGCGCUAUUGCGGCCAUGGCUGCCGCCGCACCCGAUAGCGAUGCCAAGGCCGAUCCCGCCUACCUUUACAACUAUGGAUACGCCUCUCCCUACGCUACCACCUACGGCUACAAUACCGCUUAUGGUGUGGCUCCCUAUGGUGUUGCCAAGCCCGCUUAUUACAAUGCCGCUUAUCCUUAUGUGAACCGAGUCUUCAAGCGCGAAGCUGAAGCCGAGCCCGAGGCCGAGGCUGAGGCCGAUCCCGCUUAUCUGCACGGUGCUUAUGCUGGUCAUGCCGCUCCCGUCUUCACUUAUGCUGCCUACCAACCCGCCUACUACGGAGCUUAUGCCGCCCGCCCUGUUGCCGGUUACACCGGAUACAACGGAUACCGUGUCUUCAAGCGUGAGGCCGAUGCCGAGGCCGAGGCUGAGCCCCAAUACGGAUACCGAAGCGGUCGUUUUCCUUCUCCUUAUGGCAACGCUUAUCCUGGCUUUUAUCGUGGCUCUUAUGGUCUCUCUCGUCGUUCAUCCGCUUACUACUAAGAACAUUUCUGACUCUGGUGCUCAAUGAAAACAAAUCUUACGCAAACAAAACUUUUCAAAACAAA